AAAGCUACUCAGCCCGGAUGCGUUAUUGCUGGAGCGAUUGUCAAAUGCAGCACCAAUGCAACAGGCGUAUAAAUACGAGCCGCACCGUCUCCUCAGUGGGGUUUAAACAAACUUCCACCCGAAGGAACCAGCUCUGUCAGCCCGGGCAACAGGCUUCCACCGCCAUCCACUCACCACUGCCCACUGCAACACACCAAGACCGACACACCAUGGCUCCCUUCGAGAAAUCAAUGGAAAUGAUGCCUUUCAAGCAAAGGAAAUGCCUUGCCACUAGAAAAGAUGAAGUGUGUACUAUUCGAUCAAAAUUUCCCAACAAACUUCCGGUAAUUGUGGAGCGAUACAUUCGUGAGAAACAAUUUCCCCUGCUCGACAAAACAAAAUUCUUGGUGCCAUUUGAACUCACAAUGGGUCAGUUCAUCAGCCUUCUUAGGAGUAAGAUUGACCUGGAUUCCACACAGGCCCUGUACCUGCUAGUGUCAGAGAAGCACAUGACCUGCAUGACAGCGAGCAUGGGAGAGGUUUACUCCCAGUACAGAGACCAAGAUGGCUUCCUAUACAUGACUUAUGCCUCACAGGACAUGUUUGGCUGACGUCACCCCACUGAUGCUCCACAAGCCCCCAUCCCUUAACCAUCCACUGAUUGACGGCGGAGCUGCGCUCUAUACUUCCAGAUACCGUUCUAAGUUCUACGUUCUGCUUUGCCAUGAUGUCAGUGAACCAUGAUGUCAUGAUGUCAGUGAACCGUUCUAAGUUCUAAGUUCUGCUUUGCCAUGAUGUCAGUGAACCAUGACAGAGAGAACAGCCCAUGUCUCCCUGGAACAGAUCUGUGCAAGAAGAUUUCCUCCCUGAUGACCCUGGAUUUUAUUUAUUUAUGAUUUAUUUUAUUUAUUUUGAGUCUGCUGGAGGAAAAAAAGGCUCUGUAGCAAUAUCUGAUAUCUGCUAUUUUUUUUUUU